AACGAUAGCAGUACAUGGUAGUAGUGUAAAUGUGGUGCAGCAGUAAUGUCUAAAUAAUUUUCAUUUGCUGUAGUUUGUACUUUUAAGCUGAGAUAAAUUGUGUCGCAUAUUAGUCGAUAUAGGUGCAUAUUUGUGUAGUUAAGAAGUUUCAGCUUUGCCAGAAAACUGAUUUCUUUUGUUUGUUUCGCCGUCUUGCCAGCCAUCUCGUCUUUAAAGCGAAAUGAGUUACGGUAGGCCUCCACCCGAUGUUGAGGGCAUGACUUCACUAAAAGUGGACAACCUGACGUACCGAACAUCGCCCGAAACCUUACGGCGCGUCUUCGAGAAGUACGGGCGGGUUGGAGACGUGUACAUCCCCCGCGAUAGAUACACGAAGGAGAGCCGCGGCUUCGCCUUUGUAAGGUUCCACGACAAGCGGGACGCAGAAGACGCAAUGGACGCCAUGGACGGAGCAGUUCUUGAUGGACGCGAAUUGCGGGUACAGAUGGCACGCUACGGACGGCCCCCAGAUUCUCAUCACGGUCGCCGUGGAGGACCACCCCGGAGGUACGGGGGCUAUGGUCGGCGAAGUAGGAGCUUCUCUCCCAGCCCGCGACGCCGGAGGCGCAGUCGGUCCAGAAGCAGGAGCCGUUCACGAAGUCGCUCUCGCUACAGUAGAUCCAGAUCCCGCUCCUACUCCAGGUCACGCUCCCGCUCCAAGUCCCGCACACCUCGCAGGAGCAAGUCAAAGUCCGCUUCCCGGUCCCGUUCCAGAUCCAAAUCAAAGUCCAAGUCCCGCUCCAGAAGCCGCACACCGCCCUCCAACAGGGAGUCCAAGUCCAGAUCAAGAUCCAAGAGCCCUCCCAAAUCACCGGAGGAGGGAGGAACAGCGUCCUAACGAAGCAACAGUAAGCAUUUUUCAGAUGAGACUUCAGUGAGGACAACUCGACGAAAGUAAAGGCCUCAUACCGAGGACCACCCCAUUUCCCCCAUGAUUUCUGACUAAAAGGUUAUUGUCACUUGAUCUGAAUGUUCUAAUGAAUUCUUAAGUUACUUAGAUUAAAAGGCUUCUGUUGUGCUAGCUGUUCCAACUCCUUGUAAUUGAUUGAAUAGGAUGAACAUCAGAUGGGCUUGUGUAAGUGAGGUAAAUCAAAACUGGUUAUCUGUUAAAAUUAGUUGUUCCUUUGCAGCUGUACUGUACUUCAAUGAUAAUUAGACCUGUAAAGUCUGAAGUACAUGCUAUUAUUGAUCAGAAGAGCAUAUUCUAUUUCAUGGAAUGCAGUGGAUGAGUCAGAUGGACAGAAUUUAGUUCCCUAUAUUGGCUUUGCAGUCUAUAUAAUCUUUAAAUUUAAUUUACCCUAAUGUUAGUAUGAUCUGGCAUGCAACUGUAAAUUUAAUUUGGGGAGGAGGGCAGUACUAAACGCAAACAUCAACUGGAAUGAAACGGAUGUUGGGAGAACAUCGUAGCUGUUCAGUCUCAAUCAUGGGGAAACUACUGGUUGACUCAGCACUGAUUUUUGUCAUUUGUUUUCUUGCUUUAUAAACAGUAAUCAUUUUGUGAUUCUAAUCUUCUCUCUUGUGUAUUUUUUGUGCACUAGGCGCAGUUGUGUAGCAGUUGAGUAUUGCUGGUUAGCUGUUAAGGUGGCGUGUUGCCGUGCAGAGAGCUUGGCUGUUUCCAGUUUGCUCCUGGUUGCUCCUGUGUUGCGAUGCCUUGGUGUGCUGAUGUGUAAAACGGCUGCUGCAGAUAAUCCUUUGGUGUAAUGCCAGUCUCCUGCGUUUCCUGACAUCGGAAUACAUGUCAUUGUUUCUUCAGUGAAUUGGAACCUAGAAAAGCAGUGUUUACAUUUUGCAAAUCAUUCUUUUAGUUUUUUUUAUAUAUCUAUAUCUGUAACUUACCAAGUUACCGAGAACAGCAUAUUGUAGCUUAUUCUUGCUGCAUUCCUCUAAACUUUCCCAAGAAAUUCUGUACUUGUAACUGCAUAUAUGUGAAUGCUAAUAAAGUUUUUUUUUUUUU